GAUGGGAGAGAUCCUGCUUUGUGGAGUGCAGGUUGUUAUCUAUUGCUAUAGGAAGUCAGUCAGGGAGUUGAAGCAAGCUUACAACCAUAACACAGGUCGUGGCCAACCCAAGUCAGCUGGCAUCUGAAAGGCAGUGUGUGUUCAGUGAGUGGGAGAAGACGGGGAGUAUAUUGCUAGCCAAGGUGCCCUCUGAUUCCUCCAUGCAGUAGCGUGCCUCACUCUGCUGCUGCUGCUGAAGGAUUAACUCAAUUGAUUGGAGAUUUGUUAUUGUCUGACACUGUGUGAGGUGUGAGAGGAAGGGGACGAGUGUCAUGGUAAGACAAGUGGCAGUGUCGUAGUCGCCUCUCCACCCAUACUACGGACCUACCCACUGCCCGUGUUCACCUGUCUGGGCUGUCACUGGGCUGUCACUGGGAGCUCUGAGGCAGACUCCUGUACAAGCUGUACAUUGCAUCCCAACCAGACAGAUCUACAUUGUAAAUACACACAAAUAUGUCGGAGAUUCUAGCAAAGAAGUUCCUUAGCUUCAAGACCAACUCGAGUGAGAACUUUGACAAGUUUCAUGAAGGUGAGAAGAUGCAGAACAUGGUGGAUGAAGAGGGUGAGGACGCAUACCGUGCGCGUGCUGGACGUAAACGUCACAGCGUCCAGCUGGACAAGCGCCUCACCCAGCAGCUGAUGGCCCUUCAGGACAGAAGGUCCAGCACAACCAGCACUGGCACACUCGAUUCUCUCUCAUCCUACACAGGCAGCUCAUCUGAUGAAGAAGAUAUCAGUCCAAGAGAGAAACCUCAGAAAAAUUCCAAAGGUUUUGGUGACUUCUGUGUGAGAAAUGUGGAACACAAUGCAUUUGGGAGGCGAGAGAUUGAGAUUGCUGAACAAGAAAUGCCAGGUCUUAUGGCACUACGGAGAAGAGCCGAGGCAGAUAAGCCCCUGGUGGGAGCCAAAAUAAUUGGGUGCACGCAUAUCACAGCACAAACUGCCGUGCUGAUAGAGACACUGGCCGCCCUUGGGGCCUCCGUCAGAUGGGCAGCAUGCAACAUCUACUCAACACAGAAUGAGGUUGCUGCAGCGCUGGCAGAGGCAGGAUUCUCCAUAUUUGCCUGGAAAGGAGAGACUGAGGAGGACUUCUGGUGGUCUAUAGACAAGUGUAUUAACGCAGAUGGCUGGCAGCCAAACAUGAUCCUGGAUGAUGGUGGGGAUGCUACACACCUCAUGCUGAAGAAGUACCCAGCCAUGUUCAACAUGAUCAAGGGCAUCGUGGAGGAGAGUGUGACCGGAGUACACAGACUGUACCAGCUCUCCAAAUCAGGCAAACUCACUGUGCCAGCCAUGAAUGUCAAUGAUUCGGUCACCAAGACCAAGUUUGAUAAUCUGUACAGCUGCAGAGAGUCCAUCUUGGAUGCGUUGAAGCGAACUACAGAUGUCAUGUUUGGGGGAAAGCAGGUGCUGGUCUGUGGCUAUGGUGAGGUUGGCAAGGGGUGCACUGCUGCACUGAAGGGGCUUGGCGCCACAGUGAUGGUCACGGAGAUUGACCCCAUCUGUGCUCUACAAGCCUGUAUGGAUGGGUUCCGUGUUGUGAAGCUUGAUGAAGUUGUCCGACAGAUAGACAUCCUCAUCACAUGUACAGGUAACAAGAAUGUUGUGAAUCGCCAGCAUUUGGAUAGGCUGAAGAAUGGUUGUAUUGUCUGUAAUAUGGGGCACUCCAACACUGAGAUUGAUGUGGCCAGUUUACGAACCCCUGAGCUAACAUGGGAGAAAGUACGAUCCCAGGUGGACCAUAUCAUCUGGCCUGAUGGGAAGAGGAUCAUACUGCUUGCGGAGGGCCGUCUUGUCAACCUCAGCUGUUCGUCUGUACCAUCAUUUGUUGUGUCCAUCACUGCCACAACUCAGGCCUUGGCCCUGAUCGAGCUGUUCAACGCCCCAGGAGGCAGAUACAAACAGGAUGUCUACUUGUUGCCAAAGAAGAUGGAUGAGUAUGUGGCAAGUCUGCAUCUACCAACAUUUGACGCUCACCUGACCGAACUGUCGGACGAGCAGGCCAAAUAUUUGGGCCUCAACAAGGCUGGUCCUUUCAAGCCAAACUACUAUAGAUAUUAACACAGUGCUCUCUUUAUCAGUAAGAAGGCAAUGCCAGUGAUGUCAUCAACCUCCGAGCAUUCCAUUUCAACAUGGUGCAGUUGAACAGGAAUAUUGUACAUCUACAAGGAGUUACUUAUGUACCAGCCCUCAAUGUGAUGUCCAACUACAUCAAUUAUUAGCCUAGUUCUCAGGUUUCCAAGACAAGUGUCGCAAACAGAAUCUCUGUGUUGCGAUAAAACUCAGCAUUUUUGCCAAUCACAGAUAAUAUCUCAUUGAUGCCGAACCACCGCCACAAUAGACACCUUCCACAGUCUCUCACAAACCAGGAAAUUUGUGCAAGCCAACUUGAGUAAUUCUCAUUACCAUAAACGCAACACUUUGAUGAGUGUUACCCAAGUCCUGCUUUUCCUGGUACCCUUGUGUAUAGUGUGAAGGUCAUCUACCAUUGUUUUCAAGGAAAUCAUUCUUUUAGUGAUAUCCAGUGUACUUCAUUUGGUUGUAUAAAUUCUUUUAAGUAUCCUUCGAAAUUUGGGAUUUUAGAUCACAUUUGAUAUAUUGUUUUCAUACAGUUCUGUCCCUGAACUUUAAAUUGACAGGACCGAUGUACAUUUGAGAUUUGACACACCCAGGAUUCAUGUCUGUCGUUCCUUUUAUUCCAAGAAUGGUUUUAUGAAAAGGCUGGUCCUAAUUUUUCAUCUUUUGAGUUGUGACAGGAAAGAAAUAUCUGUAACAUUUAUGCUUCUAUUCUCCGCAGUAGGUUGGAGGUCAGCAUGCUGAGCUGUAAGAUUGAAUGGAGUAUUUAACACUUGUAAUUUAAACCUAUUACCCAGAUGACUUGUAUUGUUUUGCUUAGCAUGUAUGACACAUGACAUGUCAAGAGUAUUACAUAAUCUCUUAGUUCACUGUAUGUGGUUAGCUUGACUUCAAGCGUAAUCAAAUACGCUUUCCAAGGAGCAAGAGGAAUUUUAUGUGCGCAGAGUCAUGUUGCUUAGAAAUCAAUUACCAGUUUUACUUUGAAAGGGAGAUUUUAUCAAUGGUGUGUUUCUCUGGGCUGUGAUACAGAUGGAUGGUGAUGAGGUUUGUUGUACAUAUUUCCUUGGUAUCCUUAUGCUGCACAUACAUUGCUUUCUGAGCAACAGAUUCUGCCAUCGUUGACAUGUCGGUAUAUUCUUUGUUUAGUUGGGGUUGAUUGCUUUAGCAGAUUUCAUGCCUAGCUCUGGUGAUGUCAACCAUCACUAGGUUUCAGACUGUUUUCUCCAUUCCAUGAAUAUCCUGUAUAGCUCUGUUUGUUACUGACCCCCCAAUGUAUAGGUAAAAAAAGGUGCAAAAGCCAUGCUAGUCAAAUUUCAUGUCUAGCAGGUUCCCAGACAGGUUCAGCUAGCACAAUGUGGCACCAACAACAUAAUAGAUUGUUGAGAAUAUGAAAGUAGUGAUUUGAUCUGUAUGUAACAAGGACUGGCUACACUGCCUCGCCUUGUGAGUGUAAGUAGCCAGUGUAUGUGACCAAGCCAAGUGUGGCAAGCUGGCUGGGUCCCAUACCGCACAAUGCAUGGGCUUCAGCACACUAUAGCUCUUUAUCUACCACAUAUCCCAGACAAUCGUGACGUAGCCCAGAUUCCAGAUUGUGUUCCAAAUGUUCCAAUUCUAUGCACUCGAAUCUCACCCAGUUUAUCUGGAGAGUUGUAGAUACUAAAUAUUCAGAUGUGUGGUGACCAGGGGACUAGCAAGAAGAUGCCUUUCCCACCAUCUUCCUACAAUACACCACAUGCUGGGAGCAGGGAGGAGGGAUUUUCCAGCACAACAUACACACUGCAGUCAGAUGAUCCAUUACCUGUUAGCAUUUUAUGCAUGUCAGAAUUUGAUUUCUUUUUAACUACUUACUAGCCCGUUCCUGCCUUAAAAUGGUUGUACAACGAGACCCUGAGGGCCAGUAAGUGUUGUCCCCUCCUCCCAUCUCUCUGCAAGCAAGUAGUGCGUGCCAGGCACUAGUCAGGUCGCCAGUGUUACAGCAGCUGUAUAUUUCAUUAUGUAUAAUCCUCUAAAAAGUGAGUACGGGAGACAUGUACGCUGUAGUAUGAGAGAAUAAACAGUAGAAAUUA